AUAUAACCUUCACAAAAAGAUUCGGGGAUUACUCGACACCCUCCGAAGCCUCGGCGCAAUACGUAUCAUCACUAGUUACAACAAAUAUCGGGUGCAAACCUUUAUACAGUCUAUGUCCAACUCCAAACAUGUUUUUUAUUUUCCUUUAGUGACGUAGUUCCGACGUCACCUUUUCUUCCCGCCUGGGAGUGAAAAUGGCGUAUGGUUAUCUUGUUAUCUCCCCGUGUGGUUGGUAACAUACACUGGUUAGUACACCUCUACUCACUAUCAAGAAACAACUACAUUACGCAUUUAGCUGUCAGUGGAUGAGGCGGUGUUCACUGUUGCUGUCGUGAGGUUUUCGGAGGUUCGGGCCCGGUAAAUCACCGCAUAAAGGCGGCAGGAGCUCCCCUCUUCCCGAACCGGGGAGUGUAAAAGGAGCAGUACAGAAUCACUCAAGGAUCUAGGACAUCUGUAGCCUGUUUCCAGCUUUCUUCAAAGAUGUCUGACCUGAUAAGAGGGUUCAGAGCCCAGCUGACCACGAGCAUGGACUCCACCCUGAGGAGAGCUGUGUUUGAAAUAAUGAUGAUCUUUGAGAACAGUCUACAUGAGUAUCAGAUGGAGCUGGGGCAUAAAGGAGAGGAAGUUGCUCAACUUAAAAUGAAGUUGCAGAGAGCAGAGAUCAGGUUGACUGAAAUUGGCAGCAGAGGAACAGAGGUGAAGAAAGGAGGAACUGAAGAUGUUGUGAACGCCCCUAAACCAACAGAUGAUGUUCCUGAGAUUCACUUUGAAGUACCUGAUGACUGGUGUGCUCCCCUGGCCUGUGAGACCGUAACCAAGAAAGAAUAUGCAUGUCCCAGCGUAAGACUGCGCCGGCUGUCCAUUCCUCUGUCGCAGAUUUCCAUCAAGCAGGAGGUUUAUCAGCGUGACAUUGACUCCAACCAGCGAGCAAAGGGUGUCAGGAGAUCCAGGAGAGGUUUGUGUCAUUUUAUUCAUUUGUGCUGUAAAUUAUACUUGUCAGAAUUUAGAUGUUACAUUCACUGAUACCCAUUUCAUGAUUUCAAAGGCUCUCUUUGUAAAUAGGAAUUGUUUCUUUGUAAAUUUGCGAAGCCAUACAUUGAUGGUAGUUGGUUUACAAAAAUCAUGUGCAAGUUAAAGUUUAUCCGCCCUCUAGCUUUAUACCUUCUAGCUUCUAGGACAAUGAUUCUAAUAAAAUGUGUUGCUGUAAAUUGUAUCUGCUUUCAAAUGCUGGCAUUACCAAUUCUCUUUUCUUCCACUUUUUUAUUGUGGUGUAAUCGUGUCAUCUCUGCUUUUUCAUUCAGUUGACUAUUUUCUUUUUACAGUUACCUUAAUAAAUAAGAGAACCACGCAGGACAAAACCAUACCAACACAUGACCAAGGAACUCAACAUUCAACACUGAGAAACGACAUAAAACAAUUGCUCUCAGGCAUAAAGCAGGUGCAUACUGACACAACAAUCGGUACAGGUCUAGGAAAAGGGGGGGGAAAUGUAAAAGGAAAAAAGCAAAAACAUACAAAGAAGAGCAAAGGAGAAGAAAAUAAAAAAACAAUUGAGUCUACAGAAAAAAAGAUUGUAAAAAACGGCGGGGAAAAAAAGUACUCCUGCGGGUAUUGUAAGAAGGCAUUUGACACAAUGUUUGGCCGAAGUGUGCAUAUACGAUCACACAAGAAAUGCAAAGGUUGCAAAAGAGAGUUCCCAUCUCCAAUUGCUCUAAAGUUGCAUAAACCAUCCUGCAUAAAACUCAAGAAGUUGUUGGCAAAAAAAGCUCGAUCCACUAACCCUCCAAAACCUGAGUCUUUAGGUGAAGAAAACCUGACUGCACAACAGGUCAUCAUUAAAAAAGAAAACACAGCUUCCUCUAGCAGGCCCAGUGAAUCUUCUACUCAGAAUAAUAAGGGCAACAAAAAGCUAACCUGUGUACACUGCAACAAGACAUGUCGUACUAGUUUGAAUCUAGAGGAGCAUUUGUGUGUUCAUGCUGGUGAAAAAAAAAUCCCUUGCAGCAUGUGUUCGAAGCCAUUCCAGAGUAAAAAGGCACUCAGACAACACAAACGGAAAAUGCACAAAGAACAAAACAUUUCCAGUGAGACAAAUGAAAGCAAUGCAUGGACCAUGCCUUUGGAGAAUAUGGACGAUAUUUGUGUGGAUUUGAAGUCUCCAAAAAAAGAAAAAAGUCAUGCAAACAACUAUGAAGAUGUUCAGAGGGAUAACAUUCCAGACACAAGCCCAAGUUUAAUAUGGGAAACAAUGGGCACACGCUCCCCUGAGGGCUUCAUCUGCCGGUUGUGCCUGAAGCCCUUUACAGACACACACGGGCUGAUUGAGCACUUUCCCACCCACACAGGAGAGAUGCCCAUUCAAUGUAAAGGUUGUUCUGAAAGGUUUAGUAAUAGAGCACAGCUAAGCAGGCACGGGAAAAUGUGUUUGAGGAGGAGACGCAAGUGUGCAAAGUGCAUGAAAACGUUUCCCUCAAUGGAUAGGUACAAUAAGCAUGUCUUGAUCUGUGGGAAAGAUCAUAGUUGUUCCUGUGAGGUUUGUGGGAAAAGUUUCGUCCAUAGAGCAUGCCUCAGGAACCAUAUGGAGCGGUUACAUAAUACGCCAGUAUAAAGUUAGCAUCACCUGUCUGUGGACAUUGAAAUGCUGGAUGUUGUCAUUCAUGAUCAAGGAUGACCUGCAUUUAAUCUUUUGUAGGUUUUGUUUUUGAGAGUGAUACGAUCACUAUAUAACUCAUACUAACAUGUUGGUAUUCACCAUCACAAUUGUAUUGUCACAUUGUGUGAUGUCAUACUAAAGAGCAAAAAAAGAUCUCACCAAGUUUGGUUCAAUGUGUAUUUUUAAGUAUUUUUUACUGAGUGCCUUAUUCGCGAUUUUGUUGUGUUGUAUGAAGUUCAAGCAUAAUUGGAAAAUACAUUGUUUAAACACUCUUAUUGCCUCAAUAGUUUCUGGUAAUGUUUUUAGUUGUUUAGACAAAACCUUUGCACUCAGCGUUGCAAUUUUUAAAUGAAUUUGAAGGACACAUUUUAAAUCUUUCUUGUUACCUGACAGAUAUGUAAGAAGAUUACACUGGUGAAGACUUCAACGUUAUGUAGAUAUUUUAUCCCGUGCUUGAGUCCGGAAAAAACAACGAUUUUUAUAUAUAUUUAACAUUUGUAACUGUGUUGUAUUCAUUGUUAAUAUUGACAUGGUGGGAGAUCUUACACGACUAUUGCUUUUUAUGUUCUUAAAGUUAUUACAAGUGUUGCUAUCUAUGACCAUUGUCAGCAAUAACCCAUUAAAAUAUUUACUGUAUACCUUGACUUGCAUAUUUUUUUGGCAAUAACAACGAGGUAGUUGUACUACUUCGUCACUGAACUUUUUAUUUAGAUUUUAGUGUAUAUUUUCAAAGACAACAUGAAAGACAGCGAUACAAGGACAAGGCUCACACAUAAAAAAACAACAGAACAAUAAAAUACCAUAAGGGGUUACGAAGUACAUUUAAUUGUAUGCAUGUGUAACCCCGGUGUAGUGUCCCCUCGGCAACAGACCACUCAGAGCUGGUGAUUACUUCAGUUUAUUACCCUGCGUUUCAAUGGACACAUACAAAGAACACGUGAGCUGCGUUUCUCAACAGAUCCUCACGUGCUAUCAAAAUCUCCUUUACAAAAUAAGUGUCCAAUAAUCAACAACACAUCAAUGAUCGUAUAGUGGUAGUAUUUUCAUAAACAAUGUGAAACAUUAAACAUAACAAACUGGUGUACAAAACUCACAUACCUGCGUUUCAAUGGACACAUACAAAGAACACGUGAGCUGCGUUCUGUAGAAGAGAUAGCACCACGCUCACGUUAGCCUAUUAGCUCAAAUUAGCUAUUGAUGAUCACAUUAAUAAAUCAUAUAACACAAAUAGCCAAUCACACAAAAAACAUGUUGCUGUGAGCAUUAAACGACUAACAUUAAACUAAACAAACACAACAGGACGUUAUUGUCCUAAUAAAAUAAUAACAUACAUGGUUUGUCCACCGACAUCAUGAGAAUCUCCCACAAUCCAUUGCGGUAACAAAGCUACAGUAAUGCAGGCACGCGUGUGUAACACCAGAUGGCGUAAUUCUCCAAUUUAACCCGGAUUGUACACCAACUCUGUUACACAUGCACAUGGUCUUGUAUCAUGAAUUACUCCAUAAUAACAUAGAUAUACUUUCAUUAUUAUUAUUUUUACUCGUUUCUAAAUGUAUUUUUUAUAUUGGUCUUUCUAAGGGGAGCAGCCGAGUUGUUUUCAGUCCAGGAAUUCAUCACAACAAUUUAAGUGUUUUUCAGUAUAUGACAUAAUUGACAUUUAUUUUGGCUCUUUGAUUUCUCCAGUACCUGAAUCCUCAUCUUUGUUAUCGCGAGACUUGCAACCAUCACAUCACAGAUAUGAUAUCAACCUGCUAGUUAGUUGGACGCCGAGUCGCUGCAUCGUUUCAUGGAUUUAAUUUAUGCCAGAUAAGCUAUUUGGUCGCUUUCUGUUGAGAUACAUUGCAGAGUCGACCAGCUUCUUUGGUUGUUUCCAUUGCCGGUAAACAGUUAGCUAGCUUGAACUAGCACCUGGACUAUACACAGGCUAGCACUGGUUACGCUUCGUUGGCUCCCUUGUUUACACGUUAGCUUGUUAGCUUCCUUACUGUAUUGCUUGUUACAACAGCAUGUUUCUUGUAGCUAUUUAAAUUGUAAUUGUGUUAAUGCUCAUCAACUAAACAAACCGGCUUACUGCAUUGCACCACGUUGUUUGUCAUUACUGCUUUAGCGUUAGCUCAACAAAUAAAGCCUGGACACCAUUGUCAUCUUUAUUGAAAUAUCUAAAACAGCCGCACAGCAGAUUUUUAAUAACAAUCAGAUUGUACUAUAAAAGCAACUUGCUGCUAUAUAUUAAUAAUAUAAAUGGCCUAGGUACUUAGCAUGGCAACAUUGUGUGGCAGUUCAUAGUUCCAGGGUAGAGGAGUGCACAUCGCUGUAGACACAUCGUCCUCGACUGUCACUGGAGGCAAACCAUUGAAUACAACCUUAGUGUCAAUCCCUCACUGACAUUAAAACAUCCUUCCUGAAACAAAGCACAAUGAAGACGGUGAGGAAUGCUUUCCACGCUCAGCUGGCCACCGUCAUGGACUCCCUGCUGGCUGCUGCUGUCUGCGAGAUCGCCAAGAUCUUUGAGAGCAGCCUGUGUGAGCAGCAGGCGGGGCUAGCGCAGAAAACUGAGGAGAUCUCCAUCCUCAGAGGCAGGCUGGAGAAAGUGGAGAGGAGGCGUAAGGUUGGAGGGAGCGAGGAAGGGGAGCUGUCAUCAGGAGACAGAGAGGGCAGCACGGGGCAGCAGACCCCCAACAUAUCAGGACUAAAUGUGGGAAAGGAUUUGUCUUCUCAUUUGGACCCAGAGGAAAGACUCAGUCAGAGCCUCAGAGGGAUGAAAGAAGAGGUCACAGGCCAGGAUGGAGCUUCAGUAAAACAUGAGAUCUGUGUUGCUUAUUGCUCACAGCGUGCUGGAUCACAACCUACAGGGGGGUCUGUGGCAGUCCAAGUCCCAGAGGUAACGCUUGCUGCUGGAGAACAGAGGAAGAUACAUACCCUGUCUGCUACACAAGCCAAGGCUAAAUUGUCUCACUGGGAUCAGGGCGGUGCAGAUCACAGAUCUGUCCGGGAUCAAGCCUCCACCCCUUUCCUCUCCAUCUCCCAGAGCGGACGUUGCUCCCCCAGGCCUGCCCCUGGGCUAGCUCAACCAGGGGAGUGGUUACCAGGGCUGGACGGCACCAAAGGUGGGGUGUCCGGUCUGGAGAACCUGCAGGCCGAAGGCACCAACUGCUCUGGUCCAGCUGGCAGCAGCGCCGGCACAGACACACUCUGCUUCAGACGGGGUUUUGGCUCUGACGAGACCAGCAACGAAGACGACGAUAGCUCCUUCCCUUUUCUGGACCAGGAGCCUGAGAACCACAUCUCCCAUCAGAACUCUGUGCAGGGCCCGGAGGCACGGCAGGUUCAGCCUCAAGCCCCACCUGGGGAAUCUCCAUGGAGACCCAGAGAUGACAGGGGAGGGAGAGGCCCCGUCAAUCACACACGGCGGGUUUCAACUUUUGGCAAUAGAGACCCUCUCCGAACACAGUCCAAUUCCCAGUCGCUGGCUCUGCGACACACACACACUCUCAGCCAUCCUCCAGCUCCUGCUGCAGCGAAUGGACGGCCGUACACCUGCCCAUACUGCACCAAGUGCUUCACCUACCCCUCCCACCAGCGCAGACACCUUUUACGCCACACAGGAGUAAGACUGCAUCCUUGUCAGUUUUGUGACAAGAGUUUCCUCACCCCCUCUGAGCUGACUGUGCACACUCGCACACACACAGGGGAGCGGCCUUUCGGCUGCGCCCAGUGCGGGAAACGUUUUGCCCGCAGUGGGAACCUGAGAGCCCACCAACGGGACGUUCACAUGGGGAAGAGACCCUUUGCUUGUACAGAGUGUGGGAAGAGAUUUGCCCACAGGGGGAACCUGAGGGUGCACAAUCACAGAGUCCACCAAGGAGACCCCUACUACAUGGACGAACAGCAGGAGCCAGAAAUAGCCCCUAAUCCCAUUUGAAAACGUUUAAAAAGUGAUGGCUCUGCACUUUAUUUUCUUCUUUCACAGUUGCCUAUCCGCCUAUUUCCCCAUUCAAGGAUUCGGGUUUUUUCAUACUUGAAAAAAAAAAAACACCAUCAAAUUGUAUUAUAUUUAUUUAAUACAUGGUCAAAAUACAUUUUGAGUGUCUUUAUUUUAUAUUAUGAUUCAAUCUCAUAAUUAUGGGUCACACUCAAAAGGAAAGCUUUGUAUUAGGUGUAUUAAAUGGAUGGAUAUAAUCAUCCAUGAAAAUAUGAUGAAAUAUCUAUUGAUGUAAAGAAAAAACCUUCUCAAAGAUGACACGAUCUUACAAUGAUGCUUUUCUUCUCAUUGAAAAGUAACUAUACAGACCCAAGCACCUGUUCAUUACGAACUGAAUGAUCUACAAACUAAUGUUUUUCACACCGCUAAUAAAAAAGUAGUUGGUAUUAGAUUUAGACACGUGGCAUGCAAACGUAGGAUAGCAUGUCUGUUCCUUCAAAAUGGUGCUUACUGUAUGUAUCCCCAUCUCCAUGUGGUAUAAAAUGGAAAGUUCAUGUUGUUAAAGAAGCUAUAGUUUCCCACCCUGUUCUUGCAAAGUGAAAUAAAAUAUUGUACGUCUGUCAAAUAUUGCCUUGUUCAGUACCAUCUCCUGUUGUUGCACCAUUAUUUUCCAGACACCAGGGGGCAGGGGCAACAUACAAAGGAUGCCUCUAAAUGGAUUUGGACAUCAUUGCAAAUAGAUUUUUGAUAAAAGUGUUGCUGUCAGCAUGUUUCACCAUGUGCCCUAUAUUUGCAGAUAUUUUUCCCUGAUGUAUGCAGUUAUGUCAUCAUGCCAUCCCUCUCAUGGCAUGUGCUUACAAUGCAAAAUCUAAAUGUGAGUACAUGAGUCUUUUGGUCCUUGUGUUAACCUGCAGAAAAACUCAAUUUCAAGCCUGGAAUUGGCUUGUAUUUUAGUGUAGGAAAAAGUUGUUCUGCAGUUACGCAGA